AAUUGCCAAACUUUUACCAAACCCAACAACGACUAAUCCACUCCACGUCUCCGCCUCCCUGACUUCCCCCACCACACCGCCCCGGACUCGCGCUCGCCGAUCGAUUCUGCGCUGCGCAGCCGCCGCUGGUCGAUCCGCGCUAGCCUAGCCAUGCCCUACCGGGCGCAGCCAAGCGGCGGCCACGAGACCGUCAACUUCAACUGCACGGCCAACCCGCUCGACUGCCUCCCGAUCAGCUGCCCCGGCGGCGACGAGUGCGACGACUUCGCCGCGCCCCCACCCCCGCCCCUCCCGCGCGCCCCGACACCCGUCGACCACCAAUUGCCCGUACGCCUCCUCCUCACCGUCUCCCUCCUCUCCGCCUUCCUCUUCCUCUCGCUCGCGCUCUCCGCGCUCCUCAUCUACCGCCGCCGCCGCCUCCUGCGCCGCCGCCGGAGGUCGGCCACCGCCCCGCUGCCCCACGGCGAAGGGUUCGAUGAUGGGGACGAGGAGGCGGGCGGCGGCGGCGGAGGGGACGUGCACCACGUUUGGUACAUCCGCACGGUGGGGCUCGACGAGGCCACAAUCGCGUCCAUAGCCACCAAGGAGUACCGCCGCGGCGUCGUGGGGUGGGGCGGUGACUGCGCGGUGUGCCUCGGCGAGUUCGACGACGGCGAGCUCGUCCGCCUCCUCCCGCGCUGCGCGCACCCGUUCCACGCGCCCUGCAUCGACACCUGGCUCCGCGCCCACGUCAACUGCCCCCUCUGCCGUUCCCCCGUGGUCGUUCCCUCUGCUGCGGUGGCUGAUGCUGGGACAGAGGGCGGCGAAGCGGAAGAGCACCAGGUGUUUGAAUUGUCCCCGUCGGAAUCACUGGCCGAGGGUUCUGAGGAUUCGGACGCCUCUUCUGAAACUCAAAGCGAGGACACAGAAGCUUCGGUGGAGGAGAAUGGAAGUGGGCCAGCAAAGCCAAUACGGCGCUCGGCCUCCAUGGACUCGCCAUUGUUCCUAGUGGUUGUGCCUGAGGUGCGUGAUGCUGCUGUGCUGGCUAAUCGCAAGUUGCCGAAUGGUCGAAACAUGAAAAUCUUCAGGGCGAAAGAGAAGGAGGCAGCAGGGACAUCUUCAUCCUCCUGUCAGGCAGGCGGUUUUAGGAUUGGAAGAUCGAUGUCAAGCAGUGGUCGGACUUUCUUCUUCUCACGGAAUGGGCACUCCAGUGGCGCCGUGCUGCCACUGUGAGUUGGCAUGGUUUUACUGUCAAGGGGGUGCAGCCUCAGCAAAGCCGGGAGCUGGUAGUGUGUCAGUGUCUGUUAAUAUAUACCGGAGAGUUGAAGUAGCUCUGAGAGAAUAUGAUCUGAGAUCUGUGAGUUGACAAGAGCAAUCAUUGCGUGAUAAGUAUUUCUUGAGUUGGUGUGCUCGUGUUAACUUGCACCUCCCAAGUUUUCUGUAUCAUAAUCUCCUCUUGCCAAGCUCGUUCAAGUGAAUUUUGGGGAAAAGCUGAAGAUUGACUUUUCCAUGUAAUAUUUGAGUAGGAAUAUUGCAAAGAGUGGACUAUUGCAUGCAUCAAUGAUGAUGGUUCCCAAAAGGGGAUGGUUCAACUGUUUAAAAAUUAAGAAUCUGCAGUUUGGGCAAUCAACACUUGCUGAACAUUUGUAGGAACGUAUUUAUCCGCAGCUUAUUUAUAAGAACUUGCACUCGUAAUUGAACAUUUAAUAGGCUUAUUUAUCCUAUAGUUGUUAAUGAAGUUUGCACUAAAACAGCGACAAGUAUUUAGGAACGGAGGGAGUAGUUAGCAUCAUUGUUAAUUGGAUAUCUAGUGAGCUAAAAUGUGCCCAUUUGUGUGUGAGUUCUUCUUGUUGUCAGGAUAUAAUGAACUUUCUGUUCUGUGCUCCUGUGGUUAAGAAGGGAAGACACCAGAUUGAGGUACCUGAUUUCUCUUGUCAGUCCUUUCGUUCUUAUGUGUUGAUAUUCCUUUGAACAUGUGAAAACCCUCAUAUCGUUUAUGAAGUUCAUGUAGCCUGUUCAAAUAGGGUUAUUUCGAUCUAAAUCCUUAUCCAACCCCUCAUUCAAACAACCACUUUGGCACUUGGGCCAUGUUUUUUUCUGUCUACUCAGUGGCUUUUUUUAGUUCUGACUGGUUGUGCAUAUGCAUUCAAUGUUACUUUGAUUAAAACCCUGAUAUAGUUGCUAACAAAAUUGUGUUUUGGUUAAGGUGUAGAAAGAUAUUUCACAAAGCAAUGAUUUGACAACAUCUAACUACAACUUCUGUCAGCUAUAGAUGAAGUUGACGGUUAUGUUUCCUUAGCAUAACCCGUUUUUGUGUGCAUCUUUCCAUUACAGCCAAGACAUGUGUCCAUUUUUCUGUAAGCAAUUAUUGUACAGGAAAUGCUAAAAAGAAGUAGUAACAAACCCUGUUUCAAUGUACCAGGGGGCAAUCAAUAUCCUUUUUUCAGGUCUUCAAUCGUUUCUGGAAUAAUAGUCUCAAAUAAGGAAAGAUAACACAACCUUUCAUUACAAAUUUGUGACUACUUUGCUAAUGAAGGUGCUAGUGCGUAUUUAUUUUCUAUAUCUAUGCUCCUUGUCUUUCCAAUGAUCUCUCCAUGUCAAAAAAACAUAAUAUGAUCUCUCUCUUGUUCAUGUGAACUGCCAGACUGUAUAGGAGGUGUAUAGUUAAAGAACAAGCUUCCCAACUCUUAAACAAAUUGGGCAUGCUAUUAUACUUUGUGAAAUUGCUACUCCCUCCGAUCCAUAUUACUUGUCGAAAUAUUACAUGUAUCUAGACGUUUUUUACGCAUAGAUACAUUCAUAUUUGAGCAAAUUUGAGACAAUUAAUAUGGAUCGGAGGGAGUAGAUAAAAAUGUUUAUCAUACUUUUGAUUAUGACAAGGAAAGGGAUUGCUAUACCAAAGUUCUUAUAUAUGUCUCUGCUCUUCAAGCUACUCCCUCUGUUCCUAAAAUCAAGGCUUAUUUUGUUUUCUUUGACCAAGGAUUACUUCAUCAAUGUAUGAUUUAUGUGAUAGAAAUCAAGGCUUAUUCAUCAAUGUACUUUUGAAAUAUGAAUGCAAUGAUGUCAAUUUUAUUUCACAAAUAUUAUAUACUAAUAGACUAAUUGUUGGUCAAAGGCUCGGUCAAAGGAAACAAAAUAAGCUUUAAUUUUAGGAACAGAGGGAGUAUAUUGCAGAUUUAAAUUAGAGAACUCAUGAAUAUAAAAUAAACCUGGAUAUCUGCUCAUCCAAGAAUCCAUAAGUUUCUGGGUUAUAAACUACUUAAGAAUUCAUAACCGUCUUCCUAAAUUUCACCUUACAGUUCACAUGCAUGUGCCUGAACAUUCAUACAUGUAGUUGGAGGGAACAUGUAACAUUCUGCCUGUCAAAUACCUAAAAGAUGUUUCAUCAAGAAAACCAUCUUAAAGACAAAAAAAAUUACCACAUGAUUCAUUUGUUGUAAUAGAGGAGAAAAACAUUGUCACAUCAAUUUUAACUGUCUUAGUUAAACAUUGGUGUUCAAGUUUUCUUUGGUUGGUAGUGCUUCCAAAUUCCAAUUUCACAGUUGAUGCCCAAAAGAUAUUUGAAUUGUUGAUAUGUUGAAGCUUCAUCACAACUUCAAAGUUAUUAUUCAGCAUAUAUGUACCUCCAAAUUCCCUUCUUGGUAGAUGUGCGAAGCACCUCAUUUUUGUUCUAGAGCUAAAGCAUAGAGUUAAUUGUAUUACAUGAUAAAAAAUUACAGCAACCGACAGCAUAUUUUAGAUUUCCAUUGGUGCUUUGCCGAGGUUCUGCUGUUGGUUCACCUUUUCUUCCCACCAACUACUGAAAAUUUACUUAUGCUGACUUUAUGCCCCCUUUUCAUCCUCUUUCUCCAUCCUUGUCUUCCCUCUUUCUCUUCCCAGUCCCUGUCCUCAGGCAGAGUUAUUUAUUAAGAAUCAAGACAAACAAAAUUGCACAUAUGUUAAUCUGUCUAUAUGUUGUUUAUUUGCUAUUUGAUUGGGCUCAUCGCUGCUGAUCUGCAGUUGCCCACAGGAAACUUUGGUUGAUGAUAUCCUACUCCGUGCGUUUGUACGAACAUAUGCCUUUUAUCUCUUUGUGCUUAGUUGCAUUAGCUUCUUUACCUUUGUUCUUCAAGAUAUUUCCAUGUCUAUGAGGCCCUUCCAUUAUAGAAAGUUGAGAUCAAAAUGUGUCUAUAUGCCUGUAUAACUCAAUACACAGUAGCUUCGGAGGCACCUCGCUCGCUAUGAAGUCUCUGAAAACCAAGAAAGCUUCUUUCUAAGUAUCAUAGUGUUGGUGUGGCUUCUGAUCCUUCACUUUCUGUCUACAGAGUUCUUCCAGAUUCAGCUUAAAUUCUUCCAGAUUCAGCUUAUUCUCAAAGAUUAAGCGGGCUGGCUGAACAUUAAGUCCUGGUUAACCGGUGACUAUGUACCCAAAUGUUCCAAUUCCCUGAAGACGCUUACAGGACUGGACUGCUUUGCUAAAUUGCUGCAAACUGCUACCCACAGUGAGUGAUUACUGAGGAUUUACCGUCAUAGAAGUUACAAAAAUACAAUUGUACUGACAUGUAACCGGUGUACCGCUAACUCUUAAGAGCCAAAUCCAUCUGAACUGAGUCCAUCGGUGACUGAUAUCUCAAACGGUCGAAUUGGGCUAAUUUUUUACUCCACUUAAUGAGGAUCUAUAUUAUUAAUUCGCUGUUGAUUAGUACUUUUCUGGAUAAUGUUGUAUCGAUUCCGCGAGGUCAAGUGUUGAACUUGUUAGAACAUUAAGGUGGUUCUCAUCAUCCUGAUGUACUCAUGGAACAAGACCUCAACUCUGUAGGUCCUUCUACAAGCUCUUGUAAACAUGUGAUCUAUGCCAUGUUCAUUGA